AAACAGAAGAAGUGGCAGGAACUUUAUCUUCACUCGCGGACACCUAUUUCCCCGUCUUGAAAAUUGAAAAUUGAAAUACGUUGUCUCCGUUCCACAAAGCGAAAUGUCUAUUACUGUGUUGUCCAUUCUCACACUGAUUCUGCCUGCUAUAUCUGCCUCGGGCUGCCCUACCGACUACGUGCUCCUGGACAAGACAUGCGUGCAGGUGGUGAUCGCAGCGAGGAAGGGCGAAUUCCCUGUGAACUGGGACGUGGCGCGGGCGGGGUGUCGCGGGCGUGGAGGUGAGCUCGUGUCCUUGAGUCCUCCCGAACUCCUCGAAGCUAUCUCCGGGCACAUCGAAACCACGUGGCCAGAUUAUGUUGUAAACGACUAUCACUUCUGGGUCGGUGGCUAUAGGGUCGGGUCUUCGUGGCGCUGGUUGAAUGGUGAUGAACUUAGUAUUCAUUCUUCGCUAUGGGGUCCCACCGUGGUCUCUUCAUCCUCCUCCUCCUCCUCCUCCUCCUCCUCCUCCUCCUCCUCCUCCUCCUCCUCUUCCUCCUCCUCCGCCCCCCUCUACACCCACCUGAUGCCCGCCGACACCCGCCACCCGCGCCGCUACCUCCGAGUGGGCGGAGCCGACAGCAACGCCCCCGCCUACAUCUGCCAGGCACCGCCCAUCUGACAGGCAAGGAUGGUAUCUUGGCAGUCACCGGAGUGUUAGAAAGUUUAUUAAAUGUUGUGUCAUUUGUUUUUUCC